UUCCAUCGCUGUCACCCACGACACGAGCUUCUCCUCCUUCCUCAACUCCGCUCUCGCCAGCUUUCCCCUUCCAAAAAAAACCGAGUUUGAAAGUCGGUAAGCUGCGCCGCCCCUCGAAUCUCGCCGCCAUGGCCGCCGGCUCCGCGCCGCUGCUGCUCGCCCUGGCGCUCGCCUUCGCCGCCUCCCUGGCCGCCGCGGGGGACACCAACCGCGUCUACGACCCGUGCACCGACACCAAGAUCCAGCGCGGGGACGGAUUCACCUUCGGCCUCGCCUUCGCCGCCAACGGCGCCUUCUACUCCGGCUCCACCCAGCUCUCCCCCUGCGACCGCCGCCUCACCCAGCUCUCGCAGCUCUCCCUCUUCCGCCCCAAGGUCGACGAGAUCUCCCUCCUCACCGUCAACACCACCACCGGCUUCAGCCCCGCCUCAGCUGGUGGGUACAUGGUAGCAUUUGCUGGUAGGAAGUAUGCAGCCAGAUCUCAACCAGUCUUUGUCUCCAAUUCCUCAGUUACAGUGUCCAGCUUCACCCUGGUUCUUGAAUUCAACAAAGGCAAGCUUCAGAACCUGCACUGGAAGAAGGACGGGUGUGGUGCCUGCACAGGGAAGCCAAACUUCAUCUGCCUCGGCAAGCAAACCUGCGCCAUCAGAACAAACAUCUGCAAGAGCAAUAACCAGGGAUCCAUGGACUGCAGCAUCGGCAUCCAGCUGGCCUUCUCGGGCACAGACAAGCACGAGUCGGUCCUCAACUCGUGGUACGAGGUGUCGAACCUGCAGCAGUACUCGCUCUACGGGCUGUACUCGAACGUGAAGGGGUCCCUGAGCGGCCAGUUCAACAAGUUCUUCUAGGCUCCUGGAAGGCUGGAAUGACCGUUUGUCCAUAGCACUCUCCUGCCACUGCCUGUCGCUGUACUCAAGGGGAGCCCUAGGUUUGCCUGCCCGUCCAGCUGAUUGUACGCAAACUGAUCUAGCUCGUGUGGAAAAUCAAAGCUCAUCGAUAUGCAUGCAUGUACCUAUUGCGAGUCAUUUUAUGCUGAGUAUAUUAUUUGUAUUA